AUGGUCAACUCCUGUUGUGGCUCCAUCUGCUCUGACCAGGGCUGUAGCCAAGGCCUCUGCGAGGAGACCUGCUGCCGCCCCAGCUGCUGCCAGACCACCUGCUGCAGGACCACCUGCUGCCGUCCCAGCUGCUGUGGCUCCAGCUGCUGCCGCCCCAGGUGCUGCAUCUCCAGCUGCUGUCGCCCCUCUUGCUGUGGCUCCAGCUGCUGUGGUUCCAGCUGCUGCCGCCCCAGCUGCUGCAUCUCCAGCUGCUGCCGUCCUUCUUGCUGUAAUCCCUGCUGCUGCCGCCCCAGCUGCUGCAUCUCCAGCUGCUGCCGCCCCUCUUGCUGUGGAUCCAGCUGCUGUGGUUCCAGCUGCUGCCGUCCUUCUUGCUGUAAUCCCUGCUGCUGCCGCCCCUGCUGCUGCCUGCGCCCAGUCUGUGGCCAAGUCUGCUGCCACACCUCCUGCUACCGCCCAACCUGCGUCAUCUCCACCUGCCCCCGCCCCACCUGCUUUGAACCUCCACCCUCUGACACCAUGGUCAACUCCUGUUGUGGCUCCGUCUGCUCUGACCAGGGCUGUGGCCAAGGCCUCUGCGAGGAGACCUGCUGCCGCCCCAGCUGCUGCCAGACCACCUGCUGCAGGACCACCUGCUGCCGCCCCAGCUGCUGCGUGUCCAGCUGCUGCCGCCCCUCCGGCUGUGGAUCCAGCUGCUGUGGCUCCAGCUGCUGCCGCCCCAGCUGCUGCAUCUCCAGCUGCUGCCGCCCCUCUUGCUGUGGAUCCAGCGGCUGCGGGUCCACCUGCUGCCGUCCCAGCUGCUGCAUCUCCAGCUGCUGCCGUCCUUCUUGCUGUAAUCCCUGCUGCUGCCGCCCCUGCUGCUGCCUGCGCCCAGUCUGUGGCCAAGUCUGCUGCCACACCUCCUGCUACCGCCCAACCUGCGUCAUCUCCACCUGCCCCCGCCCCACCUGCUGCACUUCCUCCUCCUGCUGCUGA